AUGGGUCAAUACUUGAACUGCCGAUGGAGCCAGCUAUUUCUUUUUGCGUUUAUUAUCUUCAGUGUAAUAUACCCGGCUUUGGCGGAGGUCGAACAUGUGCUUGGGUCGAGCGACGGGGAUGAUGACGACGUGAAGCCGCAGGCGCCGAGCUUGCACAAUAUCAUGUCCAUGGAAACGGUACGGGCAAUUGUGGAAGACUCUCAGCUACGGCACACGUACAUGGCUCUCGUUAGCAUGUUAAGCGACACGUCCAGGGAGGCAGCAGGGCGUUACGGCGUCUCCGAGCUCACCAUUCUAGCCGAUGACUUGGAUGCCCAUCUUCGCAAUGUGAAUGCCAAUACGGAUGAGCCAUACCGACUGGAACUCAAGAGAACAACUACCCCCGAUUUGAAUAAGAGGGCGGGGCUGUUGGGAGGACUGCUUUCUGGGUUUUUGGGAGGCAACAGGGGCGGGAACAGAGGCAAGGCGGAUACCGGCAAUCAAAAUGAGAAUGGAAUAGACAACACCACUGGAGACUCCAAAGCCACCGGCGGCGGCGGCGGAUUGCUGGGGAACUUGUUGGGCGGCGGGGGAGGAGGGAACGGUGCCGGUGGCAGGGGGGGAGGUCUUAUCUCGAAUGCUAUAAGCGGCAUCUUUGGGAAUCUUCUCUCCAAGACUGGAGAUGGCCUUGCCGGGGCAGGUUUCUUUGGAGGUGUAGGUGCUGGUGAGGGAGCAGCCCAAGGUCUCUCGCUGGCUCCUGCAUCAAGGACCAAGAGUACUGGUCAGCAAGUGGCUGCAGAAAAUGGCAUGAAGAAUACAGGACUGAACCCAAUCAUUCAGAACGCGGCCAAGGGACUUACAGCAACAGCUGUAAAAGCUUUCAUGGGCAGCAAACUCUUGAAAAUGCCGCCUCUUGGUGGCCUGGGAACAUCACUUGGAUCGGGAAUAGGGAACGGAGCCGCCAUGGGCCUGGGUCUCUCACAAAAGAACUCUGGGCCACCAUUGAACGGGACAAAUCUCGAGGAUGCGGUCGGAGGUUUUGGCUUUGGGGCGAGCCAGGCGUUGACCUCGAGCUUGAACGGAACCCGUGGGUUGGCGUCGUUCCUCCCGCCUAUCGACGUUGGAGCUACAGUGGCAGAUUUUGGAACCGGAAUUGGAAAAGGAGCCGCCGUAGGACUAAAGCUCACAAAUAAUACUGAAAUCGCGCCUCCGCCGCCUGCAUCUGGGACGGACAUUCCCCGUCUCGCAGGCACGCUUGCCUUUGGUGUAAGCCAAGGUCUGACCGGCUCCCUUGAUACUGGAAAUCUGAACAAUUUGGUUCCAUCCAACUUGGACAUUGGCGGUACUGUUCUCAACUUGGGAACGGGACUCGGAGGCGGUGCCGCAGCCGGGUUGAAGCUUGUUGCGCAGAACAAGAAUCUUGCUCCUCCUCCGCCCAAGUCUCUGGCCGAUAUUCCCGGCAUCGCCGGCACUUUUGGUUUUGGUCUCAGCAAUUCUUUUACAGACAACAUCAAUGUCAGCGCAAAAAACUUGGCGUCCAUGUUGCCACCGAUAGAUUUUGGAGCGGCUGCAUUGGACGUUGGCAGUGGCAUUGGCAACGGAGCAGCUCUUGGCUUGAAGCUCGCCAAUGUUACUUCCUUUGCACCGCCGCCUCCUGGGUCCCCGUUGGAUAUCCCCAAAGUGGCAGGCACACUCGCAUUUGGCGUCAGUAAGAGUCUGACGGACUCUGUAAACGUCAGCAACCUGGCAGGAAACCUUCCCGGUAAUCUCGAUAUUGGCGGUGCGGCUCUCAGCGUAGGAGCUGGACUUGGAAGCGGUGCAAGGGAGGGGAGUGGGAGGUUCACGGCUCACAUGUACCCCCGCGACGCGCUCCAAUCUAUGUCGAGGUACCUUUUCGCUGCGCAUGACCCGUUAAGGAACCUUAUCCACAUGGGUGUCCUCGCUGGCGGCUACUUGCACGCGCCGUCACUGGCCUGCCGCUGGUGUCCGAACGGUUCUACUUUUCUGUGUCCUGGGUUCCUCCUGCCUUUCUUCAAUCACUUCUCCGUACUUGUCUUCCUUGCUCCUCGAGUCUCCUUAGCUCUUUCCUUUCAGACUUAA